AUGAGGCAGCAUUCAUUUGCAGUUGCAGUCUAUCAACAUUCCAUAUUAUAUUUCAAGGGCAACCGGGGCAAAAGUUGGUUAAAAAUAAACCUUUAUAUCAUUUACUUUCAGAUAAUGAGGCUACCUGCAUACGAGUUAAGGAGACGAUUGUAUAUAAUAUUCCGUGGUGAGGAAGGUCUGGACUACGGAGGCGUCAGUCGAGAAUGGUUUUUCCUACUAUCGCAUGAAGUUCUAAACCCCAUGUACUGUUUAUUCGAAUAUGCGAAUAAAAACAACUACAGCCUUCAAAUAAAUCCUGCCAGUUACGUAAAUCCCGAUCAUCUGUUAUAUUUCAAAUUCAUCGGUAGGUUCAUAGCCAUGGCCUUGUAUCACGGGCGUUUUAUCUAUUCUGGUUUCACUAUGCCCUUCUACAAGAGAAUGCUGAACAAGAAACUCACUAUGAAAGAUAUCGAAUCCAUCGACCCUGAGUUCUACAAUUCUUUGGUCUGGAUAAAAGAUAACAAUAUAGAUGAGUGCGGCCUUGAAAUGUGGUUCAGUGUGGACUUUGAAGUGUUGGGCCAAGUGAUUCACCAUGAACUCAAACCGGCCGGUGAUAAAGAAAGAGUGACAGAAGCAAACAAAGAACAAUACUUGCAAUUAGUAACACAAUGGCGAAUGACUAGAGGCAUUGAAGAGCAAACAUCUGCUUUCCUAGAUGGUUUCAAUGAGGUGGUCCCGCUCGAGUGGCUGAAAUACUUCGAUGAGCGCGAGCUGGAGCUGAUGCUGUGCGGCAUGCAGGAGGUGGACGUGGACGACUGGCAGCGCAACACCAUCUACCGGCACUACACGCGAACAAGCAAGCAAGUGGUCUGGUUCUGGCAGUUUGUACGACAAAUGGAUAACGAGAAGCGAGCCAGGCUGCUUCAAUUCGUAACAGGAACGUGCAGAGUGCCGGUUGGCGGAUUUGCAGAACUCAUGGGAUCCAACGGACCUCAACGUUUUUGUAUAGAAAAGGUUGGAAAAGAUACGUGGUUGCCGCGGUCACAUACAUGCUUCAAUAGACUCGACUUACCUCCUUACAAAAGUUACGAGCAAUUAUGUGAAAAACUUAAUUUCGCAAUUGAAGAAACUGAAGGCUUCGGACAGGAAUGAACAUUAUUUGUUUGCUCUUAGUAUUAGUAAAUGUAAUAUAAAUUAAAAUCACAAUAAAUUAAUUGCACCAUACCUCGAAAUGAGGCAUUUAUACCAAUGAACUUGGUGCCGUC